AUGGCUUCUAAGGUCGAUCCAGCCAUUCUAGAAGCGCUGGGCCUGGACCCCAAAGCUACCAAGCUUGCCUCUCAUGGCGGCUCAGGGUUUGCGUCCACCUUCAAGCUAAGCUCGACCGUGGAUGGGAAAGACAAGAACUACUUCGUCAAGACCGGAACAGGAGCAGAUUCAGAGUUAAUGUUCAGGGGCGAACACGCCUCCCUCAACGCAAUCCACUUCAUCGUACCCAACCUCUGCCCAAAAUCCCACGCCAACGGCGUCUUCCACGAGAACCCCAACAGGUUCUUUCUCGUAACCGAUUUCCUAGAACUCGGGUCCUCCCGCCCAGGCGGAUCCGGACAAUCCCUCGCUCAAAAACUCGCUCAACUACACACGACCCCCGCGCCUAUACCAACCGGCUUUGAUAAACCGAUGUUUGGGUUUCCUGAGACUACGUGUUGCGGCUCGUCGCCGCAGGAUAAUUCUUGGAAAGCUUCUUGGGCGGAUUUUUAUGCGGAGAAUAGACUGCGUGCGAUAUUGAGACAGGGGGAGGGGGCGAAUGGGAAGGAUGCGGAACUUAGGGAUGCGGUGGAGAGGACGGCGGGAACGGUUGUGCCGAGGUUGAUUGGGGAUGGGCAUGUUAAGGGUGUGUAUCCGGUUGUUGUGCAUGGUGAUUUAUGGAGUGGGAAUCAUGGGCGAGGCAGGAUUGCGGGACAAGGAGGUGUUGAGGAGGUUGUGUUUGACCCUUCGGCUGUGUAUGGACAUUCUGAAUAUGAGUUAGGUAUUAUGCGUAUGUUUGGUGGGUUUGGAAGUAGCUUCUGGAAGGAGUAUGAGAGUUUGGUGCCGAAGGCGGAACCGAAGGAGGAGUGGGAGGAUAGGGUGGCGCUUUAUGAGUUGUAA